AUCAGGCGGCGCUGCAACUUUGUUAUAAAUGCAGCCUAGAAGAGGGGUGAGCAUAGCAAACAAGUGCAUGUGGGAGAAAGUGGUGUCGUGUUGGUCGAACGUGUAAAGAUGUGCAGCUUCUGUCCAGAUUGCAGCAACUGGGCUCAGUGAUGCAGGAAAGGUUUGAACUUCAGUCUGUUUAAGAUCACUGCAAGUCAACAUGUCUCAUCGAGGACCUUUAACUGCUGUCAUAACAGCAGUUCUAGGGGCAACCUUGGGAGGGCUGCUCAUAUGGCGAGUGUAUCGAACAAAAAGGAAGAGGUUACCUUCCAUCCAGAAGGUGGCCGAUUCCCUGCACGCUCCUGAGGAAAAGGUCCCGGAAUUUACAGCUGUGGAGUAUACAUGCAUCCAACCUCCACGUGUUGUAGAGAAGGGACUUCAGACUGUCCAGUGUCAGACCACACUUCCUGCCCGGAUCCCGUCUUCUGAUCAGCUGCUGGGAAUCAAACCGGUGAUCGUGAGCUCUGAAGAAGAGUGGCAGCAGCUGUGGCCAGUAAUGCAAAAGGAGCUGUCGGUCUUCCCUGUGCUGGGGUUUGACUGUGAAUGGGUAAAGAUAUCCGCCGUUUCUGCUAAGGGCAGAGCCGCUGUGGUCUCCUUGCUACAGAUGGCCUCGUACUCGGGUCUGUGCGUCCUGGUGAGGCUGUUGUCGUUUCGCAGCAGGCAGCAGCCUUUCCCGCACAGCUUAGUGGAAGUACUCAGAAACCCACACAUUCUGAAAGUCGGAGUUGGUUGCUACGAAGACGGAAAGCGGCUGACGCGUGACUACGGCCUGUCGCUGACGUGCACAGUUGACCUGCGUCACCUUGCCUUGCGGCAAAAGCAAACUUCAGUAAAUAAUGGCCUCAGUUUGAAGUCACUGGCAGCAGAUGUCCUGAGUAUAUCUCUAGAUAAAUCUCCAGAGGUGCGCUGCAGUGAUUGGGAAGCAGAUCAGUUGACACAGGAACAGAUGACUUAUGCUGCUAGAGAUGCCCAGGUUUCCAUUGCUCUCUUCCUCCAUCUCCUCGGCUUUCAGUCUGAAGCCGGUCCCGCCUCUUCCAGUGGGAGUUCCUAUUCUGAGCUGUCCUCCCGCUGCCAGGGUCUGGUUGACGUGCCGUUCAAGGGCCAAGGAGAUAGGGAUGAUAGUGCUGGUGAUGGAGACAGGAAGAAGAGGGCUAGGUCGUUAGGUUAUGAAAACCCGGAGUCUGGAGAUCAGCAAGUCUCAGACCCUCGAAGGAAUCCCAAGAGGAAAUCGCUGGGUGCCGGGUAUUCUGCCAGGAAAUCUCCCCUCUAUGAUAACUGUUUCCUCCAUGCACCAGAUGGCCAACCCCUGUGUACCUGUGACAAGAAGAAAGCUAAAUGGUACCUUGAUAAAGGAAUAGGAGUGCUCGAGAGUAAAGAGCCUUUUAUUGUGAGGCUGCUGUUUGAGCCAUCGGGACGUCCUGACUCGCAGCAGGAUUACUACCUGACUGCCAAGGAGAAUCUUUGUGUGGUCUGUGGAAAAGCAGAUUCUUACAUCAGGAAAAACAUUGUGCCACAUGAGUACAGACGGCAUUUUCCCACAGAGAUGAAGGACCACAACUCCCACGACAUCCUGCUGCUCUGCACCAGCUGCCACGCUGCCUCCAAUGUGCACGACAGCUUCCUGAAGCAGCAGCUGGCCGAAGAGUUCUCCGCCCCUCAGGGCUGCGAGGAGGGAGUUCGAACGUUUGAGGACUCCGAUCGACGGAAAGUACGCUCGGCGGCUCGGGCUCUGCUCACUGCUGGGGAAGGACUCCCGGAACAGCGGCGAGAGGAGCUGCAGGCAUUGGUCAGGAGCUUUUUGAACACGAACGACGAGCAGGAGCUGACGGAGGAGGCGCUGCAGGAGGCAGCCAGUUUGGAGACGAAGAUUUUAAACGAGGCGUACGUGCCUCACGGUCUGAAGGUGGUGCGAGCGCACGCUGAGCAUGGCCUGCGGGGACUGAUGGUCCUGGAGCGUCGCUGGAGGCAGCAUUUCCUCACCACCAUGCAGCCUCACCACCUCCCUCCUCUGUGGUCUGUCGACCAUAAUCACAGCAAGUUCCUUCGCAAAUACGGAGAGGACCUGCCCAUUAAACUCAACUGACUGUGCGUCUCCACGAAGAGGACGAGCAGCCUCGCACCAGGACAGGAAACCUGGAUUUUACUCAUUCCACUAGUUGGAUUUGAAACCUUGACAGCCACUCGUCAAUUUUUCCAACCUGAAUUGUUUUGUUUUUGUUUUGUUGUAAGUGCGCGAACGCACGAAUUAAGCAGCAGGAAUGGAAACGUUACCAGCAUGUGGCUGCUGUCAAGACUCUACUUGGCAAUGGACAUUGCACUUUUUUUUUUUUUUUUUUUUUUUUCUUUUCUCCCCUUGAUGCCAAGUGCCAGUGAGAUGAAUUAACUUAACUCCAACUGUGGAGAUAAAAUCUAGGUAAAACACUAACCCUCCUACAUCAUGGACAGUUUGAUUGCACAUGGACUUUUUUUUUUUUUUUUUUUUUUUUUUUUUAAUUAUGACAUGAUGAUUUAUGUCUAGAUCAUAAAAGUUAACAGAUUUUUAGAAAAAGCUGCUCUCUGCUCUGAAUUUCCCUACAAUUAACAAACCCCACCCCACCUUUUGCAGGUCAGCAGCUUAUUACCAUAUCACUGAUUUUCUGAGAUGUGAUUUUUGCUUUGCAGAGAGAAGGUUGUUUUAAUAUGACUGUAAAAUAUCUGGCUCUUCACCCAGCUUUUGUUUUCAGUCUGUUGUCUGGUUUAGGUCAACAGAUGAUAAAUGAAUUUCUCCAGGAAUGCCAAAUCAAAUUCAUCUUUGCUCUAUUCCCUUUUUCAAAGAUGAGUUUGUCAGGGUGUCUCUGGGCCUGAAUGUGUCGCAGCAGGGGGAGACAAAUGUGAGUAAAGUUGGCAUCUUUCAUUUGGACAUUUAAACUCCCGAUUCUGUCACGGUGCCGGUUCUCCUGAUGGCUGGGGACCUCUCCAUGGCUCGUAUUCGAACGUGCCUCUUAACCCCCAAACCUGACUGGAGACAGCGUCGGGACACAAGCUCAUUCCAGUUUCACAAUGACGUCUUUUCACAGAAUCCAAACUACAGUGAAGAAAAGCUGCCAACUCAACCGUGAUAAUUAUAAAUUAUAGGAAUCAAUCCUCUGCAAGGCUUUUGGAAAAAAAAUUACCUUAUGGAAGCAGCUACAUUGUAUUUAUUCAUGUUUUCCUGUGAAUAAUACAAAUAAAAUAAAGGUGAUGUUUGUUAA